AAUGAUGGCAAUGUUAACAUGUGCGCUAACAGCACCAAUGUUAAAGCUAACAGCACCAAAGUGACCAUCACUGCCGAUAACAUGAUCGGGGGAGAUACCAGUGUUGGAAAGGAGACCGCUAGCAGUGAUGAUCAACGCCAGAGUACAAAUGUAAACAAACUCUUGGAAUCGCCAGCAGCAGCGCUUGCCUUGGCAAAAGAGGUCACCAUGGAGUACGACGGCAGCGUGUGUGUGCGUAAUUGGGUCACACAGUUCCAGAACAUCGGCAAGAUCUACAAUUUGGACGACGGCUGCUUGCAUAUGCUUCUAAUUGCCAAGCUGAAAGGGAGUGCACAACGUUGGCUGCACGCAAACACCACGCGAAUUCUGGAGUCAACCGAUCAGCUGUGUAAGCAGUUAAUUGUGUCAUUUGGGGUCAAAAUGUCCAAAGGAGAAUUGAGGAGCGCAUUCCAAAAGCGCGAAUGGCGUUCAGAGGAGAAAUUUGCGGCUUAUUUCGAGGACAAGAUGAUGCUGGCCAACGAUAUCAACAUCGAUCUGGAGGAACUCCUGGAAAACAUUAUCGAAGGAAUUCCGGCACCAGCGCUACGCAAUCAGGCCCGCAUACAGUGCUUUUCCGAACCGAUGCAGGUUUUGAGAGCCUUCUCGGAAGUACGUCUGCCAAAGCACAAGCCGGAUAAUAGUUCGCCAAAACGCUUCUAUGAAGGAGGCCCAGCUAAGAAGGAUCUGCGUUGCGCCAACUGCAACUCAAAAGGACACUUCGCCAAGGAGUGCCUGAAGCCGAAGAGAGAGCCCGGAUCCUGCUACGCUUGUGGAGCGUUCGGACACUUCGUCGGACAAUGCCCGGAGCGCAAGAGCGCCAAUAUCAACAAUUAUAAUGCCUCAUAGACACCGGGAGCCCAAUAUCAUUUGCAAAACUAAGCAGUAUAUCCAGUGAAGUCAAUUUAGAGUCUGCUGCUGAAAACUAUUUCGGGCUAAAUAAAAGCCAACUAAUAAUACUCGGAAAAACCUUAUGUUACAUUACAAAAGAAAGAAUAAAAUGUUAUUUUGAUUUAUACGUAGUUCCAGACGGGUCUAUGAGUCAUAAUGUAA